AUGCCGUCCUUAGCCGACGCGUAUGAUGCCUUCACAUCGCCUGCGACUGCGCACUCCGCCGUGGAUAUGGAGUUCAGCUCCAUGCAGAGUGCGCAGUCGUUUGUGCUACACUCCACCAGCAGUGACAAAACGCUGUACGACCACGACUUGGUCAUGGUCUUCCCGAGGCGCGAGGGCGGCGAGCUCAAGAAGCCCGACGACUUCACUUUAAACAGCUUUGUACACCUCAUGAUGGGCAAGGACCCGGAUCGCAGUCAGCGCGCUGACAAGAUCGUGGUGGACCCUUUCCAGCGCGUGUUGCGCACACCACGCUGCUUCCUGGACGAACGCGGCUGCGACGUGGUCAUGGAUUCGAGCAACGACCACAGCGAGGAGAGUGAACAACGUCGUCUUGAAACGCAGCAGCAGCUGCUCAAGAGCGAAUAUGAACAGUAUAUCGGCACCACUGAGGCCACGACUGAGGCGCAGUUCUGCGAGCUCGUGGCCACCGCCAUCGCCCGCCGCGUGCAGCUCGCAUGCGGCCUCACCACGCGUAUGUUUCUAAGCUGCGACGCCGAUGAGAUCAUUAUGACUAUCAAGGCAGACAACGACGACCUGAGAGUCGAGGCCGAUCGUACCAACUACAGACUGCAGGUCAGUAACAAACCUUUUGACAAGACACUGCACGAGAAGAAGCUCAAGACUUUGCAACGUGAGAUGGGGGAUAAAGAAUGGCAGAACUCCAUUGACCACCUAAGACAUACACGUGGCUGUGUUAACGAAGACGCCGAGUACCCGGAGAUGGAUCCGUUGCUAGUCUCGCGUGGAGAAGAGUUCCAUCCGGAGCUACGCAAGGCUCUCGAUAUCUGGGGACAUACUGAAGAGGCGGACGGUUUAUUUGUCGAAGAUGACACUUAUCGUCGCGUCCAGGGAAGUCAUUGGGACCGCUUCGUGACGUCGAUCUUCGCUCUACCUUACGAUCCGCUGACGUACUUUGCUCCGUUCGCAGAGUAUCGUCAUGAGGAGAAGUUUCAGCCUUUCUACCGACGUUAUCCCAUCAAGUGGGAACAGAAGAAAGAGGAGACGUUAUUCUCGCAAAAGGAUCGCAUACGUCUCGCGGAGGGCAUCGUCGAACGUCAUAUUAACGCCGACGCACUGGAAGCGGCCGGGUAUUUGCAGGGCCAAAUGUUUGCUCUCCACGACGCCAAGGCGCUGCAUGAUCUGCGUCACUCGUGGGCUCUGCACUGGACCAUGUUGUACCAACCUUUGCACAAGAUCCGCUAUUAUUUCGGAGAGAAGAUUGCGCUGUAUUUCGCUUGGCUCGAGUUCUACACCAAGAUGCUCGUCUUCCCGGCGGUCGCGGGGAUCAUCACGUUCGUGUACAUCGAAGCGCGUCAAGCGGUCACGGGCACCAACCAGCAAGGAUACAUUCUCAUCGCCUUCGCUGUGUUUGUGGUGCUAUGGUCGUCUUUGUUUUCGGAGCUGUGGAAGCGUAAAAAUGGUCUGCUGGAUUCGCUCUGGGGUCUGAGUGGGUUACAAGAGUCAUUCCGCUAUCGCCCUCAAUUCCGCGGUACCAAAAGCUACCACCCGGUUACUGAUGCCGAGGAAGUAACGUUCGAAAGCAAGGCGAAGCGGCGACGCGCCUUCAUCGUGUCCGUCUUAGUCGUGACGCUUAUGGUUGGCAUCGUCAUCGUGGCUCUCUUUGGUCUCUUCGUCUUGAAACACUGGAUCAAUGACAGCGACAACUUGGAGCACAACAACAUCAGCGCCAAGUACCAGACGCCGUUGACGUUCGGUGUGACUGUGAUUAACGCCAUCCAGAUUCUAGUGCUCAACACAGUCUACCGCAAUGUGGCACGUAAGCUGAAUGAGUUCGAAAACCACCGCACGGACGCCGAGUACGAGAACUACCUGGUCAUCAAGGUUUUCCUCUUCCAGUUCUGCAACUCGUUCGCGUCGUUCUUUUAUAUCGCGUUCGUCAAGCGUGCUGCCGAGGGCUCGUGUCUGUACGAAGACGACUGCAUGCAGGAACUGCGCGACCAGCUGCUCACUCUGUUUAUUAUCCGCAUUGUGGUGGGCAACACGACGGAAGUGGCUGUGCCGUACUUGAAAUACCGCUACCAGCUCUUUGCUGAGCGCAAAGCGGCGAACACGGAGGAGAAGACUGGCCACAACUACAUCGAAGAGCAGGCGAAGCUUGUGCCGUACGAGAGCAACGAGGCGUUCGAGGACUACAACGAGAUGGUCAUCCAGUACGGCUUUAUCAACUUGUUCGUCGUGGCGUUCCCGUUGACGCCUCUGCUUGCACUGGCCAACAACGUGCUUGAAGUUCAUGUUGAUGCCGUGAAACUCUGCUUCGUGCAUCGUCGCCCGUUCCCACACCCGGCUAAAGAUAUUGGCGUGUGGUUUUACAUUCUCCGCUUCAUGACGUACAUUGCUCUCGGUACAAACUCUGCGCUCAUUCUGUGGACGUCCGACUUAUUUGAAGAUCAGACGGGAACAGUUCGGGCCUUUAGCUUCGUGGUGGCGUGUCAGGUGUGUUUGGUCUUGGCCGUUUUGGUGGAGCGCGUUGUGCCUGAUACCCCUCGCGAGAUUAAACUGCUUCAGGAGCGCUAUGAGCACAUUGUGAACGUCGUGUUCAAGGGCCUGUUUGAGGGCGACAGCUCGAAACUCAACGAGGUUGCCGAGCGCUUGGACCUUCAGAUUUAUCCCAACCAUGAGUGGGAAGAAUCAAAGCAACACUACGCGUAG